AUGGAUUCUUCAAAGAUAAGAGAGAAAAUCGGUCGCUUUCGAAUCCUCGUCAUAGGAAGAGCGAACGCAGGAAAAACCACCAUCCUGCAGAGAAUUUGCAACACACAAGACAAACCAAAAAUAUACGACAGCGCUGGGGAAGAGAUCGAUCUCACAGUUCUAACGGCAUCCAAAGAGCGUGGAGAGCACGAAAUUGAAAACGAAAUGGUGUUUGAAAGUAACCCGGGCUUUGUGUUUCACGAUUCACGCGGUUUCGAGGCCGGCGGCAAAGACGAAUUCGACAAGGUCAAAGCUUUCAUCACUGACCGUUUGACACAAGCCAAAAUCGCAAAACGACUCCAUGUUAUCUGGUUUUGUAUCCCAAUGGACGAGGCUUGCAGGUCGUUCACUGCAGGCGAAGAAAAGUUUUUCACCGAAUGCGACACUGCAAGCAUACCAGUGAUCGUAUUAUUUACAAAGUUUGAUGCGCUAUAUGGCGUCGAAUUUCGAAAGCUGAUGAAUACAGGAACUUCGCGGAAAGACGCUAAACAACAGGCCCCGAAAUGCGCCGAGGAAACAUUCGCACUUGGUCCACAGUUGAGGUUUCUCCAGGGUGUCCGGUGGCCUCCAAAAUGCCACGUAUGCCUUCCAAAUAUGAACAAAGAUGAUGCAGAUUGCAGCGCACUGAUCAAACAGACGGCUGCAGCUUUGGAUGACGAAGCACUCGAGCAAUUAUUCGUCUCCACCCAGCAGACCAAUCUAGAGAUCUGCAUGAAAUAUGCGAUUCAGAGGUAA